GCUGAGGGGCAAGUGCCAGGUCGGCCACGAGACAGUUUUGUGCCGGGGUCCUGGCAGCUUCCUCUUCCACCACCACUUCCUCGCGGCCGGAGCCCCAGAGGCAGGAGCUGCUGCCUGUUGCCCAGGCCGCCUCCACCCCCAGUUCGGAGCCCUGCCCCCUGGGCUGGGCCAAGCCCGCAGGCUGGCUAGGACUUUCCUGGGGGACCCGUAGGCCAAAGGUUUUGGGGGACGGAGGUGGCUGGGCCAGAGGCCUGGGCUCCAACCAUGAAGUCUCGGCAGAAAGGCAAGAAGAAGGGCAGCUCGAAGGAGCGGGUGUUCGGGUGUGACCUGCAGGACCACCUGCAGCACUCGGGCCAGGACGCCCCCCAGGUCUUCUGUGCUAGGAUCAGAUCAUGCGCGGAGUUCGUGGAGGAGUACGGAGUGGUGGACGGCAUCUACCGCCUCUCAGGGGUCUCCUCCAACAUCCAGAAGCUCCGGCAGGAGUUUGAGGUGGAGCGGAAGCCAGACCUGCGGCGAGAUGUUUACCUCCAAGACAUCCACUGCGUGUCCUCACUGUGCAAGGCCUACUUCAGAGAGCUGCCCGACCCCCUCCUCACCUACCGCCUCUAUGACAAGUUUGCUGAGGCUGUGGCGGUGCAGCUGGAACCUGAGCGCUUGGUCAAGAUCCUAGAGGUGCUUCGAGAACUCCCCGCCCCAAACUACAGGACCCUGGAGUUCCUCAUGCGCCACUUGGUGCACAUGGCCUCAUUCAGUGCCCAGACCAACAUGCACGCCCGCAACCUGGCCAUCGUGUGGGCUCCCAACCUGCUGAGGUCCAAGGACAUCGAGGCCUCGGGCUUCAACGGGACGGCAGCCUUCAUGGAAGUGCGCGUGCAGUCCAUCGUGGUGGAGUUCAUCCUCACGCACGUGGACCGGCUCUUUGGGGGCACCGCCCUCUCCGGUGGGGAGCUGGAGAGUGGAUGGCGGUCCCUUCCAGGGCUCCGGGCAUCGAGCAGCCCCGAGGACCUGAUGCCCAGGUCGCUGCCCUACCACCUGCCUAGCGUCCUGCAGGCUGGCGACGGCCCCCCCCAGCUCCGGCCCUAUCACACCAUCAUUGAGAUCACAGAGCACAAGUAAGGCUCCCUCCUGUCCAGAAAGUGGAGAUCUAUCUUCCAUUCUGGGUCGCUCUGGCCAUGAACCUAAGCGGAAAUUCCCCGGGGGGCUGAGGACAGGGAGGACAAAUCUGACAAGGGGACCCUGCGGCCAGCCAAGAGCAUGGACUCCCUGAGCGCUGUGGCCGGGGCCAGUGAUGAGCCAGAGGCGCUCCUGGUGCCCAGCAGCCCCCGGCCAAGCCCCCUGGUGCCUGAGAGCUUGGAGGAUGAUUCUGCGGAGGCAGCAGAGGGUGAACCGGAGCCCGAGGCAGGGGCCCUGGGCAGCACCAAUUCCGAGCCAGGAACGCCGCGCGCCGGGCGGUCAGCGGCCCGUGCUGGGGGCGGCAGCCGGGCCGAGCGCUGUGCUGGCGUCCACAUCUCAGACCCGUACAACGUCAACCUCCCACUACACAUCACCUCUAUCCUCAACGUGCCUCCAAACAUCAUCUCUAACGUCUCCUUGGCCAGGCUCACCCGUGGCCUGGAGUGCCCUGCCCUACAGCCCCGGCCAAGUCCCGCUUCUGGCCCCUGCCCAGGCCCCGGCCCCCCAGAUGAGAAGUCCGAGGCAAGUCCAGCCUCAGGCCCCCUGGCUGACUCCGGCCCAGCAGCCUUGGCCCCUGCCCUGGAGGACUGCCUGUCCCAGGAGGUGCAAGACUCCUUCUCCUUCCUGGAGGACUCCAGCAGCUCAGAGCCUGAGUGGGUGGGGGCGGAGGAAGGGGAGGCGGCCAAGGCAGGAGCAGCAGGAGCAGGAGCAGCUUUCUCCCCUGGGGAGGACGACCCUGGGAUGGGCUACCUGGAGGAGCUGCUGAGAGCGGGGCCUCAGGUAGAGGAGUUCUCCGUGGAGCCCCCCCUGGAUGACCUGUCUCUGGAUGAGGCGCAGUUUGUCCUGGCUCCCAGCUGCUGUUCCCCGGACUCCACGGGGCCUGGGCCUGAGGCAGAGGAGGACACCGGGGAAGAAGUCUUCCUGAGUGCCUACGACGACCUCAGUCCUCUUCUGGGGCCCAAACCCCUGGCCUGGGAGGGUCCGGGCAGUCUGGAGGCUCUGGGACAGGCUGAGCGGGUGCAGGCAUGCUGGGAAGUUGAGGAGGACAAGGAGACGGAGCAUGGCAGCAGAGGGGACAUCAGGGAGGAGGCUGAGGGGACCCCACAGCCACCCCGGCCAGAGGAGAUGGAGCCUGAGGGGCAGCCCAGUCUAGAGGGCUGCCAUCUGUGCCCCUGUCCCCUUAGCUCAGCUGGCAGCGUGGGCAUGCGCCUGGCCUCCACCCUGGUUCAGGUCCAACAGGUCCGCUCUGUGCCGGUGGUGCCCCCUAAGCCACAGUUUGCCAAGAUGCCCAGUGUAAUGUGUAGCAAGAUCCAUGUGGCACCUGCAAACCCAUGCCCAAGGCCUGGCCGGCUGGAUGGGACUCCUGGGGAAAGGGCCCGGGGGUCCCGGGCCUCCCGCUCCUCUUGGAGGAAUGGAGGCAGUCUUUCCUUUGAUGCUGCCGUGGCCCUGGCCAGGGACCGCCAGAGAACCGAGGCGCUGGGGGUGUGGCGGACCCAGACCUGUCCCGGGAGCGAGGACUACAGCCUCAUCCCCAGAACCUCUCCCUGUAGCAUGAUCCCUGCCCAUUCCCCGCGGCCCCUCAGCUGCCUAGAGCUCCCACCAGAAGGCACAGAAGGGUCUGAACCCCGGAGUCGGUUUAGUCUGCCCCCCCGAGAGCCCCAGCCUCCUCAGCCCCUUUCGCCCCCACAGCGCCGAUCCUAUGCAUUUGAAACACAGGCUGACCCUGGACGAGUGAGGGACUAUGAUUAGCACCAGAGCACUGGGCAAAGGGGCCAGUAAGUUGUCUUCAAUCUCUGGGGACCUGACUAGCUGUCUCCUCAGCCUGAGCAGCGGUGGUACCCCGCUCUUUAGGCUUUGGCCCCCCGACUCCUCUGGGACUGUGGGGGGCAGUCUGGUGGGUUUGCCUGCACUUGUCUCCGACACAAAGCACCUCUCCCUUAGGAGCUUCCCAGGAAAGUCACCAAGAGCCUGUUCCUAGGGAGUGAGGCCAUUGCCGGAGGGUGGGCAGGCACCCCAGCGGCUUCCCAAGGGCAGAGUGAAGGCGGGGAGGGCAGGCCUGGCGCGCACUCUGGGCUGUCUGGUCCCGGGGCCGUUCUCCACCCGGUGGCCCGCCUGGCCCACCUGCCCAGGUCAGGAGAACCAGCCCGGAAGCACCUGGACCUCAGGGUCGGUGGGCGGGUCCAGCUCCGGCUCCGCCAGCCCCUGCACCGCCGGCCUCCGCGCUGAAGGAAGAGCGGCCUCCUGCCGAUCGCUGGGCCUUUUCCUUUGAAACAACUUCCUCCUCUUUCAGGGAAGGGAACGGCGUCACUCAGACCCUGGCCCGCGUCUCCAUUCUCACAAGGGCCCGUGUUUUAGAAUAAAAGCUGUGUUUUCACAUG